AUGCUUCGCCAAGUAAAACCCCGCAAUGCCCGCUCCAAGCGGGCGCUCGAGAAGCGCGAGGCCAAGGCCAUCGAGAACCCCAAGACCUGCCUCUUCCUGCGAGGAACCACCUGCUCACAGGUGGUGCAGGAUGCGCUGAACGACCUGCAUCAGAUGCGCCAGCCGCUGGCCAAGAAGUUCACCAAGAAGAACCCCAUCCACCCCUUCGACGACGCCUCGUCGCUCGAGUUCUUCUCCGAGAAGAACGACGCCAGCUUGAUGGUCUUUGGCAGCAGCCAGAAGAAGCGCCCGCACACCCUCACCUUUGUCCGCACCUUUGGCUACAAGGUGCUUGACAUGCUCGAGCUCAACCUCGACCCCGAGAGCUUCAGCACCAUUGCCCAGUUCAAGACCAAGAAGUUCGCCGUCGGCCUGCGGCCCAUGCUGCUCUUCGCCGGCACCGCGUUUGAGAGCCCCGUCGCCAACGAGUUCACCCUCGCCAAGAGCAUGCUCAUAGACUUCUUCAAGGGCGAGCCCGCCGACAAGAUCGACGUCGAGGGCCUGCAGUACAUCGUGGCCGUCAGCGCCGAGGACAGCACCGGCGACGGCGACGCCAAGCCCGCCGUCCACCUGCGCGUCUACCUGAACCACACCAAGCGCAGCGGCCAGCGCCUCCCGCGCGUCGAGGUCGAGGAGAUUGGCCCCCGCAUGGACUUCCGCAUCGGCCGCGUCCGCGAAGCCGACGAGUCGAUGCUCAAGGAGGCCAUGAAGAAGGCCCGUGGCCUCGAGGAGCGCCCCAAGAAGAACAUCACCACCGACUCCAUGGGCGACAAGAUCGGCCGCGUGCACUUGGGCAAGCAGGACCUCAGCGAGAUGCAACUGCGCAAGAUGAAGGGUCUGAAGCGCAGCCGGAACGAGGACAAGGCGGACAAGGAGGCUGCCGCCAGCAACGAGGAGGCCAAGAGGAUAAAGCAAUAG